CAAGAAUAGUUCUAAUAAUGGUUGCUUAAAAAUUUUUAGGAUUAUUGCGAUAUGUAUUUUAAUAACUAGGGUAAAAAAGUAUUAUUAAAUACUUUUGAAGGCCUCAACGAUUAUGGAUAAUAAUCGAAAACUUGAAAAUAUAAUUUCUAUUUAUUCUAAUAAGAGAAAUUCGUUAUGCAUUAAGGAAAAACUGGUGUUCAAAGUAAAGAAGCAUAUUGAGAGAGUUAAAUUAUGGUGAGAAGUGUUAAAAAAAAAAGUGUACUUUAUUCUCUCUGUCUGAAUAUGGCCGAAAUGCAUGCGGCGAAUUAUAAACUUUAAAGCAAAACGGCAACUGACAUUUCAUUUCAGCAAUAGCAAGUAAAGGCGGCUACACCCAAAAAGAAGUCGGUAUUCUUUUUUUUUUGGACAACUACAAUAAAAUUAUAUGUUUUACUCUUUGCUUACCAAUGACUUGCAUUUUACGAAACGGGUUGAUCUCAGGAAAAGCUUGUGUGCUGUGUGGGUGUUAAGGAAAUUAAUAAAAAAAAAAAAAUAAAAAAAACUGUAUGCGUUGCUUAAACAAAUCGUAGUAAACGACUUAACAGUUGUAUUGUAUUAGAUCAGUUGAGUGUGUGUCACAUUAUUUUAGAGUAGAAACCGCUGUAAGAAAGAAACUAUGUGCAUAACACACAAGGGUCCACGCCUACUCUUGGUCCAUUAUCCAAAUUUAUAUAAUAAGAAAAAAUUUUAUAAUUACCUAUAAAAGACCUUUGUUAAGCAAAAAAACGAUCAUUGUGCAUUGUGCCAUCGCAUUUAUGAUAUGUGUAUGUUUGUGUGCGUUUAUUCAUGUUACGAAUUUUGUAAUGAACCGUAAAUUGUGUGCCAUUUAAUAUAUACAUACAAUAUAAUCAAAAAGAAUUUUUCCUUUAGUACAUUUCGCUUUCAUAUUGUGUUGUUUUGUGACAGUGUGCUUGUGUUUUCGCGGUAGCGGUACUCAUUUCCCCCAUUCUAAAAGUAUUUGUAAGCAAAUGUAAUAUGGAUUGCAGUCUUGCAGAUCAACAAACUCCCACAAGUCAUCCACAACAACUUCAGCAAAAACGGCAGCCCCAGAAACAACAACAGAAAAUAUUAAUACAAAAUUCUGCAAUCCUAAGUCUCGACGAGUCGAUUAAAAAUCUUACAAAUUUGGCCGAUAGUUGCAGCAGCACAACUGACAGUGGUGGUGGUGGUGGUGGUGGCAGCAAUUUCUCAAGUAGUUCCAAAAUCAUUGGGGAAUUUAAUUAUACCACAACCGCAGGAAACGCGGGCCCAGUUAAAUUACGAAAAUUUAGUGAGCGUGGCCCUGCAACAUCGUCAGCAGAAUCGACAAAGUCACAUACGUAUCGCAUAUCGAUGGCUAAUCUCGAAGAAACGCAAGAAUCUGAGCUCGAUGUCAUUUUAGGUGAGUUGAGCUUGUUGGAAGCCCAAAUCACAUGUGGGGAAGGUAACUUUCUGCCGACUGCCGGUGGGCCGAAUAUUCUAAUUACUCCUUCAGCUCCUUCGACGCGCACACAUUCGCGCACUAAUUCCACCAUUUCGGAAGCUACGUCAAUAUCGGGCUCUUCGGAGAGUGGUAGUGCCUCUCAUUCUAUAUGUUCCUCAUCGGGCAUUUCCGAAAACGGUGGCCACGUUGGUAAUCCACAUAGUGUUAGUGUAGUGGGCAAUGGUCCUGGCGGCGGCGGCGGCGGUGGCGGUGGCGGUGGCGGAGGUGGAGGUGGAGGCGGUUGUCUUCGGGAGCCUCGUACUGAGUCUCCUGACAACGAUUCAGCUUUUAGCGAUACCGUUUCGCUGCUGUCUAGUGAAUCGUCGGCAUCAAGUGGCAUGAGCUCGGCUUUGCAUCACAAACGUAUGCUGCAACAGCCUAUUUUACCAAUGUCUGGCAAUAGUAAAGCCGCUAAGAUCCAAUUGGCACUGCACAAACUGGAAACUGCACCUAUUAGACGCCUUUUUGUUAAAGCUUUCACUGCGGAUGGCGCUUCAAAAUCUCUGUUGGUUGAUGAAAGUAUGACAUGCGGGCAUGUAACACGUUUAUUGGCCGACAAGAAUCAUGUACAAAUGCAACCGAAUUGGGCUUUAGUUGAAAGUUUAGGUGAUCUACAGAUGGAACGCCUGUUCGAAGAUCAUGAACUCUUAGUCGAUAAUCUGAUGACUUGGAAUUCCGACGCCGGUAAUCGUGUUCUUUUUCAACAACGUUCCGAUAAAAUUUCUUUGUUUAUAAGACCCGAAUUAUAUUUGCCGGGUCCUCAGAUGGCCCCUGGCAGCCAACAUGAUGAACACACGCGCAGCAUGCUAUUGGAGGAAUUCUUUGAAACGAGCGCACAGUUGCAAGUAGACGGUCCUUUAUAUAUGAAAGCUGAUUCGAAAAAAGGCUGGAAACGUUAUCAUUUCGUUUUGCGCACCUCGGGUCUCUACUAUUUUCCCAAAGAAAAAACCAAAAAUACUCGCGAUUUGGCAUGUUUAACGCUGUUUAACGGCUAUAACAUCUAUCGAGGAUUGGGUUGGCGUAAAAAAUGGAAAGCACCCUCUGAUUAUACAUUUGGUUUUAAAUCGGCUGUAGACUCUUCCUUAGGCAAAUCAUGUCGCACUUUAAAAAUGUUAUGUGCCGAGGAUCUAGAGACCAUGGAGAAAUGGUUGACCGCUAUACGUGUAGCUAAGUAUGGCAAGCAGUUGUGGGAUAAUCAUAAAAGUCUGUUAGAAGAAUUGAGUAUGGGCGGCGAUGGUGUUUCCCAAAGCAGUUUUGCUGUUUCUAUGCGUAGCGAGUCAAUUAGCAGUAUAUCUUCUGCGGUCCCAUCGCAGUGUGGCAGUGUUUCAUCAGCUAUAUCCAGUAUGUCAAAUUCGUCAAGUGGUGGACGCAUGUCGCGGGCUUCUUCUUCCUCUUCCAGUGGCUGCUUGUCGGAUGAUAAUAACGGUUUUGAUUCAGAAUUCACCACCGGAACCAUCAAGCGUAAGCCUUCAAUGAAACCCAAUCUCCCUUUGACAACGAUGACCCGACAAUUAAAGGAAGUGGGAGAAAUAACACAGGCUGACAACGCAGAAUUAGCUACUUCACCAGAACGUAGUGGUACAUUAACACGACGUCACAGUCGUCGUAAAUCUCAAGAAUCUAAUGGCAGUGGUGGGACUUUGAAGCGUCGAACGCAAGGUCAGGCCGGAACUAUGAUUAUGGGUGGAUUAACCAAACGCGGGUCCGCCGAGAGCAUGAGUGCCAAUAACUCGUCAGGGUCAUCGAAUUCCACGCCCACUCCCACACCUAGCAUAUGCAGCAAACCUUUGGUGAUUGCCAAUUAUGAACUACCACCACCGCCUGUGACCUUGUCACCAGCCUCUUCUUCUGUGGAAACCAUGACUUCCUCAACCUUAUCGUUAGAUUCUUUGCCGCCUCCACCUCCGCCGCCAGCGUUAACUGAGCAAGAUAUUUAUGGAUCACAAAUGUCUUUGGUUUCACUGCCACCGCCGCCUCCACCAGAGGAUGUAGUGUUGGUACCAACAUCAUCAACAAACAAUCAGAUUUACAAUGUUCUUAGCAAGAAUCCACCACCGGCUGUGCCAGCUAAACCGAUUAAACCGGCCGUUAAAACAGCACCACCUUAUAAAAAUCCGCCCGACUAUAAGGUCGCAAAUAUAAAUUCAGCAAGCACUGCUGCUUUAACUGCUUCAGCUCCUACACAAAAAAAAGUCUCGUUUGCUGAUUCUCCCGUAUUAUUAAGGCGUAAAAUGCACUCACCGGAACCACGACACCAAGAGCCUUUUUAUGCUCCUGGGCCUUUGCCACCGCCACGGAACGAUCUUACACGCCUAUCCAACUGUUCAUCGAUUAUAUCUUCAGUGUCUACGCAAGAGUAUGGUUCACCGAAGCGUUUACAAGAGUCUACGUCCAACCCACCACGCGACUUUCUUAAGGAUCUGCAACGGGUUAUGCGCAAAAAAUGGCAAGUAGCCCAAAAAUGUAAAUUAGAACCAGCGACUACUCCUCAUGAGGUACUAGGAUUUCGAGAUUUCUCUUCGGAUGAACUUUUGGCACAUAAUCUGGGUUCAAAUUCUCAUUACUAUCGUGAGACUGCCAACGUUAGUAACUGGGUACAAGAACAUUACGGUGCAGGGGCACCGCCAGCACCACCACCUACUAACGAAUACGCCUUAUAUGAAAAUGUUCACGGCACAACGCAUUUAGGACUUAUAGACUCUCAGUUUGUCACACCAGCUCAUGCACAAUCGUCAAUGAACGCGAAUACCGCUGCAAGUACAGCAUUGGCAGGGCAACGAAAAAAACGUCCACCCCCACCACCACCCAAACGCAGUAACUCUACCCAUCUAACUACGCAUCGAGUUUAGUGUUUUCUUGUCACGUGCUUCAGAGCGCGCGGCUUUUGGCAACAAAAGUUUACGAAGAACUAAAAUGACUUCUGUAUGAGAAUAAUAAUUUAGAGCUUAAGAAAGUGAAAGAGAAGAUAAAUGAAAUAUUUUCCUUAAACAGUUUUCAAAAUUCGUGAUCGAUUUUUAUAAACGUAUUUUAAUACUUUAUAUGACACAAAAAUUCAAAGGUAUCUAUAUAUCUAUCUAUAUCAACGGAUAUAUCAAAACGGAUUUAUGUAUGUAUGUAUCAAAAAAAUUAAGACAGCUUCAGCUUUUAACGAACAAGUCAUAUAAAAUUCAUCACUUACGUCCAGUCCAUCUAGCGUAUUUAACUGAGCAUAUAUAUUUGAAUAUUAGUUGCAACUACUGCUAAG